CCUGGGCAUGAGGCGCGACAGGGCUGGCACGACCCGGAGGAGAAGCCGCCGUGGUUGUUAACCCGGUGGGCCGGGAACUGGGAGAGAUGCGGAGCCGGGCCGCCUGCGUCUCCUGGUCCACGCCGCUACCGCCACUGCUGCUGUUGCUGUUGGUAUUGCUGCUGCCAUUGCCACUGCUGGGAGACCAAGUGGGACCCUGUCGUUCCCUGGGGACUGGGGGUCGUAGCUCCCCGGGGUCCUGCAACCCCGUGGGGUGGCUCUGUCCAGCCUCAGCCUCAAACCUCUGGCUCUACACCAGCCGCUGCAGAGAUGCGGGAACCGAGCUGACGGGCCACCUGGUGCCCCACCACGAUGGUCUGAGGGUCUGGUGUCCGGAAUCUGGCACCCAUAUCCCUCUGCCCCCGGCCCCUGCCGGUUGUCCCUGGAGCUGCCGCCUGUUAGGCAUUGGGGGCCACCUCUCCCCCGAGGGCAAGCUCACCCUGCCUGAGCAGCACCCUUGCUUAAAAGCCCCGCGGUUGAGAUGCCUGUCCUGCCAGCUGGCACAGGGCCCCUGGCUCAGAACAGGGCAAGGACUCCCAGAAGGGUCCCCGGGUGGGCGACGAAAAAGGAAUGUGAAUACAGCUCCCCAGUUCCAGCCCCCCAGCUACCAGGCCACUGUGCCCGAGAACCAACCUGCAGGCACUUCCGUGGCAUCCCUGCGGGCCAUUGACCCCGACGAGGGUGAGGCCGGCCGGCUGGAGUAUACCAUGGAUGCCCUCUUUGAUAGCCGCUCCAACCACUUCUUCUCCCUGGACCCCAUCACUGGAGCUGUCACCACGGCUGAGGAGCUGGAUCGGGAGACUAAGAGUACUCAUGUGUUCAGGGUCACGGCGCAGGACCACGGUGUGCCCCGGCGAAGUGCCCUGGCCACACUCACCAUCUUGGUGACUGACACCAAUGAUCACGAUCCCGUGUUUGAGCAGCAGGAAUACAAGGAGAGCCUCCGGGAGAACCUGGAGGUUGGCUACGAAGUGCUCACGGUCAGAGCCACAGACGGCGAUGCUCCUGCCAAUGCCAACAUUCUCUACCGCCUGCUGGAGGGGCCUGGAGGCCACCCCUCUGAGGUCUUUGAGAUUGACCCCCGCUCUGGGGUGAUCCGAACCCGUGGCCCUGUGGAUCGGGAGGAGGUAGAAUCCUACCAGCUGACAGUGGAAGCCAGUGAUCAGGGUCGGGAGCCUGGUCCACGGAGUGCCACAGCUGCUGUCUUCCUCUCGGUGGAAGAUGACAACGAUAACGCCCCCCAGUUCAGUGAGAAACGCUACGUGGUGCAGGUGCGGGAGGAUGUGACCCCAGGUGCCCCCGUGCUCAGGGUCACGGCCUCAGAUCGUGACAAGGGCAGCAAUGCCCUGGUGCACUACAGCAUCAUGAGUGGCAAUGCUCGGGGCCAGUUUUACCUGGAUGCUCAAACUGGGGCACUGGAUGUGGUGAGCCCUUUGGACUAUGAAACAACCAAGGAGUACACGCUCCGGGUGCGGGCCCAGGAUGGCGGCCGCCCACCACUCUCCAAUGUGUCCGGCCUAGUGACCGUGCAGGUGCUAGACAUUAAUGACAAUGCUCCCAUCUUCGUCAGCACACCCUUUCAGGCCACUGUGCUGGAGAGCGUCCCGCUGGGCUACCUGGUCCUCCAUGUGCAGGCUAUUGAUGCUGAUGCCGGUGACAAUGCCCGCCUGGAAUACCAUCUGGCUGGCGUGGGGCAUGACUUCCCCUUCACCAUCAACAACGGCACAGGCUGGAUCUCUGUAGCCGCUGAGCUGGACCGGGAGGAAGUUGACUUCUACAGCUUUGGCGUGGAGGCCCGAGACCAUGGCAGCCCAGCGCUCACAGCAUCGGCCAGCGUCAGUGUCACCGUGCUGGAUGUCAAUGACAACAACCCCACCUUCACCCAGCCCGAGUACACAGUGCGGCUGAAUGAGGAUGCCGCCGUGGGCACCAGCGUGGUGACUGUGUCGGCCGUGGACCGUGAUGCCCACAGCGUCAUCACCUACCAGAUCACCAGCGGCAACACUCGCAACCGCUUCUCCAUCACCAGCCAGAGCGGCGGCGGACUGGUGUCCCUCGCUUUGCCCCUGGACUACAAGCUCGAGAGGCAGUACGUGCUGGCUGUCACCGCCUCUGAUGGCACACGGCAGGACACCGCCCAGAUCGUAGUGAAUGUCACCGAUGCCAACACUCAUCGCCCCGUCUUUCAGAGCUCCCACUACACAGUGAACGUCAACGAGGACCGCCCAGCGGGCACCACGGUGGUGCUCAUCAGCGCCACAGACGAGGACACAGGCGAGAAUGCCCGCAUCACCUACUUCAUGGAGGACAGCAUCCCCCAGUUCCGCAUCGAUGCUGACACGGGGGCUGUUACCACUCAGGCGGAGCUGGACUACGAAGACCAGGUGUCUUACACCCUGGCCAUCACGGCUCGGGACAAUGGCAUCCCGCAGAAGUCAGACACCACCUACCUGGAGAUCCUGGUGAAUGACGUGAAUGACAAUGCGCCCCAGUUCCUGCGGGACUCCUACCAGGGCAGUGUCUAUGAGGACGUGCCCCCCUUCACCAGUGUUUUGCAGAUCUCGGCCACCGACCGUGACUCUGGCCUCAAUGGCCGGGUCUUCUACACCUUCCAAGGAGGCAACGAUGGAGAUGGUGAUUUCAUCGUGGAGUCCACGUCAGGCAUCGUGCGGACGCUGCGGAGGCUGGAUCGGGAGAACGUGGCCCAGUACGUCUUGCGUGCCUACGCGGUGGACAAAGGCAUGCCCCCCGCUCGCACGGCUGUCGAAGUGACCGUGGCUGUGUUGGAUGUGAACGACAACCCACCCGUCUUCGAGCAGGACGAGUUUGAUGUUUUCGUGGAAGAGAACAGCCCCAUCGGGCUGGCGGUGGCCCGGGUCACGGCCACCGACCCGGACGAAGGCACCAAUGCCCAGAUCAUGUAUCAGAUCGUGGAGGGCAACAUCCCCGAGGUCUUCCAGCUGGACAUCUUCUCCGGAGAGCUGACUGCCCUGGUGGACCUAGACUACGAGGACCGACCCGAGUACGUCCUGGUGAUCCAGGCCACAUCGGCACCCCUGGUGAGCCGGGCCACCGUGCACGUCCGCCUCCUCGACCGCAAUGACAACCCCCCAGUGCUGGGCAACUUUGAAAUCCUCUUCAACAACUAUGUGACCAACCGCUCGAGCAGUUUCCCUGGGGGUGCCAUUGGCCGCGUGCCUGCCCAUGACCCUGACAUCUCUGACAGUCUGACCUACAGCUUUGAGCGGGGAAAUGAGCUCAGCCUGGUUUUGCUCAAUGCCUCCACCGGGGAGCUGAGGCUGAGCCGGGCGCUAGACAACAACCGGCCCCUGGAAGCCAUCAUGAGUGUGCUGGUGUCAGACGGCGUGCAUAGCGUGACUGCGCAGUGUGCUCUGCGCGUCACCAUCAUCACGGACGAGAUGCUGACACACAGCAUCACACUGCGCCUGGAGGACAUGUCGCCUGAGCGCUUCCUGUCGCCGCUGCUGGGCCUCUUCAUCCAGGCCGUGGCCGCCACACUGGCCACGCCACCGGACCACGUGGUGGUCUUCAAUGUGCAGCGGGACACCGACGCACCCGGUGGCCGCAUCCUGAACGUGAGCCUGUCGGUGGGCCAGCCACCGGGCCCCGCAGGCGGGCCACCCUUCCUGCCCUCGGAGGACCUACAGGAGCGUCUGUACCUCAACCGCAGCCUGCUGACGGCCAUCUCAGCGCAGCGCGUGCUGCCGUUCGACGACAACAUCUGCCUGCGUGAGCCCUGUGAGAACUACAUGCGCUGCGUGUCGGUGCUGCGCUUCGACUCCUCGGCGCCCUUCAUCGCCUCCUCCUCGGUGCUCUUCCGGCCUAUCCACCCGGUCGGAGGGCUGCGCUGCCGCUGCCCGCCUGGCUUCACCGGCGACUACUGUGAGACCGAGGUGGACCUCUGCUAUUCGCGACCCUGUGGCCCACAUGGACGCUGCCGCAGCCGCGAGGGCGGUUACACCUGCCUCUGCCGCGAUGGCUACACCGGUGAGCACUGUGAGGUGAGUGCCCGCUCAGGCCGCUGCACCCCGGGGGUCUGCAAGAAUGGGGGCACCUGCGUCAACCUGCUGGUGGGAGGCUUCAAGUGUGACUGCCCCUCCGGUGACUUCGAGAAGCCCUACUGCCGGGUGACCACACGCAGCUUCCCGGCCCGCUCUUUUGUCACAUUCCGUGGCCUACGCCAGCGCUUCCACUUCACCUUGGCCCUCUCGUUUGCCACAAAGGAGCGGGAUGGGCUGCUGCUAUACAAUGGGCGCUUCAAUGAGAAACAUGACUUCGUGGCUCUGGAGGUGAUCCAGGAGCAGGUCCAGCUCACUUUUUCUGCAGGCGAGUCAACUACCACGGUGUCCCCAUUCGUGCCUGGAGGGGUCAGUGAUGGCCAGUGGCACACGGUGCAGCUCAAGUAUUACAAUAAGCCUCUGCUGGGUCAGACAGGGCUCCCGCAGGGCCCCUCUGAGCAGAAGGUGGCCGUGGUGACGGUGGAUGGCUGUGACACCGGCGUGGCCCUACGCUUUGGAGCUGUCCUUGGCAACUACUCCUGUGCGGCCCAGGGCACCCAGAGUGGCAGCAAGAAGUCUCUGGACCUGACAGGGCCCCUGCUGCUGGGCGGGGUGCCCGACCUGCCUGAGAACUUCCCAGUCCGCAUGAGGCACUUUGUGGGCUGCAUGAGGAACCUGCAGGUGGACAGCCGGCACGUGGAUAUGGCCGACUUCAUUGCUAACAACGGCACUGUGCCUGGCUGCUCAGCCAAGAAGAACGUGUGUGACAGCAACACCUGCCACAACGGGGGCACUUGUGUGAACCAGUGGGACGCAUUCAGCUGCGAGUGUCCCCUGGGCUUUGGGGGCAAGAGCUGUGCCCAGGAAAUGGCCAAUCCCCAGCACUUCCUGGGCAACAGCCUGGUGGCCUGGCAUGGCCUCUCACUGCCCAUCUCCCAGCCCUGGCAUCUCAGCCUCAUGUUCCGCACACGCCAGGCUAACGGUGUCCUGCUGCAGGCCGUCACCAGGGGGCGCAGCACCAUCACCCUACAGCUGCAGGAAGGCCAUGUGCUGCUCAGCAUAGAGGGCACAGGGCUCCAGGCAUCGUCUCUCCGACUGGAGCCAGGCCGGGCUAAUGAUGGAGACUGGCACCAUGCACAGCUGGCACUGGGAGCGAGUGGGGGUCCCGGCCAUGCCAUUCUGUCUUUCGACUACGGGCAGCAGAGGGCAGAAGGUAACCUGGGCCCUCGACUGCACGGCCUGCACCUGAGUAACAUCACAGUUGGGGGCGUACCUGGGCCGGCCAAUGGAGUGGCCCGUGGCUUCCGGGGCUGUCUGCAGGGUGUGCGAGUCAGUGAAACCCCCGAGGGCAUCAGCAGUUUGGAUCCCAGCCGUGGGGAGAGCAUCAACGUGGAGCCAGGCUGUAGCCUACCAGACCCCUGUGACUCAAACCCGUGUCCUGCCAACAGCUACUGCAGUAAUGACUGGGACAGCUACUCCUGCAGCUGUGACCCAGGUUACUAUGGUGACAACUGUACUAAUGUGUGUGAACUGAAUCCGUGCGAGCACCAGUCCGUGUGUACCCGCAAGCCCAGCGCUCCCCAUGGCUACACUUGCGAGUGUCCCCCAAAUUACUUGGGGCCAUACUGUGAGACCAGGAUUGACCAGCCUUGCCCCCGUGGCUGGUGGGGACAUCCCACAUGUGGUCCAUGCAACUGUGACGUCAGCAAAGGCUUCGACCCAGACUGCAACAAGACAAGCGGCGAGUGCCACUGCAAGGAGAACCACUAUCGGCCCCCUGGAAGCUCCACUUGCCUCCUGUGUGACUGCUACCCCACGGGCUCUCUGUCACGUGUCUGCAACCCCGAGGACGGCCAGUGUCCAUGCAAGCCAGGUGUCAUUGGGCGCCAGUGUGACCGCUGUGACAAUCCUUUUGCAGAAGUCACCACCAACGGCUGUGAAGUGAACUACGACAGCUGCCCGCGGGCCAUCGAAGCUGGAAUCUGGUGGCCCCGCACCCGCUUCGGGUUGCCUGCUGCUGCCCCUUGCCCCAAAGGCUCCUUUGGCACUGCUGUGCGCCACUGUGAUGAGCACCGAGGCUGGCUUCCCCCGAACCUCUUCAACUGCACCUCGGUCACCUUCUCGGAGCUGAAGGGCUUUGCAGAGCGGCUGCAGCGGAACGAGUCUGGCCUGGACUCCGGGCGUUCUCAGCGGCUGGCCCUGCUGCUGCGCAAUGCCACACAGCAUACAGCUGGCUACUUUGGCAGCGACGUCAAGGUGGCCUACCAGCUGGCCACCCGGCUGCUGGCCCAUGAGAGUGCCCAGCGUGGCUUUGGGCUGUCGGCCACACAGGACGUGCACUUCACCGAGAAUCUGCUGCGGGUGGGCAGUGCUCUGCUGGAUGCGGCCAACAAGCGGCACUGGGAGUUGAUCCAGCAGACCGAGGGUGGCACCGCCUGGCUGCUGCAGCACUACGAGGCCUAUGCCAGCGCGCUGGCCCAGAACAUGCGGCACACCUACCUGAGCCCCUUUACCAUCGUGACACCCAACAUCGUCAUCUCCGUGGUGCGCCUGGACAAGGGGAACUUCGCAGGGGCCAAGCUGCCACGCUACGAGGCGCUGCGCGGGGAGCGGCCUCCCGACCUCGAGACCACAGUCAUCCUGCCCGAGUCUGUCUUCCGUGAGGUGUCCCCCAUGGUCAGGCCCGCGGGCCCUGGGGAGGCCCAGGAGCCUGAGGAGGUGGCAAGGCGGCAGCGGCGGCACCCGGAACUGAGCCAGGGCGAGGCUGUGGCCAGUGUCAUCAUCUACCGCACCUUGGCUGGCCUCCUGCCCCACAACUAUGACCCGGACAAGCGCAGCCUCAGAGUCCCCAAACGCCCUGUCAUCAACACACCCGUGGUGAGCAUCAGCGUGCACGACGAUGAGGAGCUACUGCCCCGCUCCCUGGACAAGCCGGUCACUGUACAGUUCCGCCUGUUGGAGACAGAGGAGCGAACCAAGCCCAUUUGUGUCUUCUGGAACCAUUCUAUCCUGGUCAGUGGCACAGGUGGAUGGUCGGCUCGAGGCUGCGAGGUCGUCUUCCGCAACGAGAGCCACGUCAGCUGUCAGUGCAACCACAUGACAAGCUUCGCGGUGCUCAUGGAUGUGUCCCGGCGAGAGAAUGGAGAGAUCCUGCCGCUGAAGACACUGACCUAUGUGGCUCUGGGCAUCACGCUGGCUACCCUUCUGCUCACCUUCCUCUUCCUCACCGUCCUGCGAGCCCUGCGCUCCAACCAGCAUGGGAUUCGACGGAAUCUGACAGCUGCUCUCGGCCUGGCCCAGCUCGUUUUCCUCCUGGGAGUCAACCAGGCUGACCUGCCUUUUGCUUGCACAGUCAUCGCCAUCCUGCUGCACUUCCUGUACCUCUGCACCUUCUCCUGGGCCCUGCUGGAGGCUUUGCACCUGUACCGGGCACUCACCGAAGUGCGCGACGUCAACACGGGCCCCAUGCGCUUCUACUACAUGCUGGGCUGGGGUGUGCCAGCCUUCAUCACAGGUCUGGCGGUGGGCUUGGACCCUGAGGGUUACGGGAACCCUGACUUCUGCUGGCUCUCCAUCUACGAUACGCUCAUCUGGAGUUUCGCUGGCCCUGUGGCCUUUGCUGUCUCGAUGAGCGUCUUCCUGUAUAUCCUGGCUGCCCGGGCUUCCUGUGCUGCACAGAGGCAGGGUUUUGAGAAGAAAGGACCUAUCUCAGGCCUGCAGCCCUCUUUUGCUGUCCUGCUGCUGCUGAGUGCCGCCUGGCUGCUGGCACUGCUGUCCGUCAACAGUGACACCCUUCUCUUCCACUACCUCUUUGCUGCCUGCAAUUGCCUCCAGGGCCCCUUCAUCUUCCUCUCCUACGUGGUGCUCAGCAAGGAGGUCCGGAAAGCACUGCGAUUCGCCUGCAGCCGCAAGCCCAGCCCCGACCCUGCUCUGACCACCAAGUCUACCCUGACCUCGUCCUACAACUGCCCCAGCCCUUACACAGACGGGCGCCUAUAUCAGCCCUACGGAGAUUCGGCCGGCUCUCUGCACAGCGCCAGCCGCUCAGGCAAGAGUCAGCCCAGCUACAUCCCCUUCUUGCUGAGGGAGGAGUCCACAUUGAACCCCAGCCAAGGGCCUCCUGGCCUGGGGGAUCCAGGUGGCCUGUUUCUGGAAGGUCAAGGCCAGCAGCAUGAUGCUGACACUGACUCCGACAGUGACCUGUCCCUGGAAGACGACCAGAGCGGCUCCUACGCCUCUACCCACUCUUCUGACAGUGAGGAGGAGGAAGAGGAAGAGGCUGCCUUCCCUGGAGAGCAGGGCUGGGACAGCCUGCUGGGACCAGGAGCUGAGAGGCUGCCCCUCCACAGUACCCCCAAGGAUGGGGGCCCAGGGCUUGGGAAGGUGCCUUGGCCGGGAGACUUUGGGGCCACAACCAAGGAGAGCGGUGGCCCUGGGGUCCCUGAGGAGCGGCCACGGGAGAAUGGAGACAACUUGCUGGCUCGGGAAGCAGCCCUGGGCCCCCUUCCAGGACCUUCUGCCCAGCCCCAUAAAGGCAUCCUCAAGAAGAAGUGUCUGCCCACCAUCAGCGAGAAAAGCAGCCUCCUACGGCUGCCCCUGGAACAGGGCACUGGCUCAUCGCGGGCCUCCUCAGCCAGUGAGAGUGGCCGGCCUGGGCCCCCUCCCCGCCCACCGCCCAGGCAGAGUCUCCAGGAGCAGCUCAACGGAGUCAUGCCCAUCGCCAUGAGCAUCAAGGCAGGCACCGUGGAUGAGGACUCGUCGGGCUCCGAAUUUCUCUUCUUUAACUUCCUGCAUUAA